AUUAUAAAAACGAGCCACUAAACUUAAUGCAGUCAAAUUUGCUGUUAGAGAGACAGAGAAGAUAACCGAGCUUCACACACCUGCUGAGGACAUCAAGAUGAAUCGUCUGUUUCUGGUCCUGGGCUUCGUCCUGAUCAUGGCGCUCUACUCAGACGCUAGCCCUAAAGGUAUUCCGAACCCUGAGGACUGCUGUUUCACCUUCUUCAAUGGCAAUAUUCCUUCCAAAAACAUCUUGAAUGUUAAAAAGACUGGAUCACACUGUCCAGAGCAAGGCUUCAUUAUUACUACUGCUAGAUUCCCCGGCCUGUGUGUUCGUGACGUCGCCAUCAUUGAGCAAGAUGAAUCUUAAUGCUGCAACUGAGAUGCAACACACGCACACGCACACAUACACACACACACGCACGCACGCACACGCACACACACAAAGGCUUCAUGAAAUAAAAACUUUAAAAGCCAUUUCUUCACCAUUUAUUAUGAUACUUAAUGUUGUUAUUGUUGCUUAAUGCAGUGCAGAUUCAAAUAAAGUUAUUAUGGCACCA